GUUUCGCAAGUCGUCCCUCCGGCUGCUCCAAUCUAGCACCAACCCUUCACUUCAGUCCCUCUCACCACCGUUCACAGGAGCCUGUCCCAGCCCAGCAGCAGUAUAACGCACACCAUGGCAGAGCAGGAACCUACACCAGAGCAGCUGGCAGCGAUUGCCGCAGCGAACGAAGAGAGCGACAAUCCGGUCAACUACAAACCUCCUGCCCAGAAGAGCUUACAGGAGAUCCAGGAGCUGGACAAAGACGACGAGAGCCUGCGCAAGUACAAGGAGGCGCUACUGGGGAAAGCUGCUGCUGUUGUGCCUGCAGAUCCCGCUGCCCCCAACAUCCAGGUGACACGAAUGACUCUGGUAUGUGAGACGGCGCCAAACCCUCUGAUCCUUGACCUGCAGGGAGAUCUGGAUGCCUUCAAGAAGAACCCAUUUGUGCUGAAGGAGGGAGUCGAGUACAGGAUAAAGAUCAACUUCAAGGUCAACAAGGAUAUUGUGUCAGGUCUGAAGUACAUCCAGCAAACAUUCAGGAAAGGAGUAAAGGUUGACAAAUCAGACUACAUGGUCGGCAGCUACGGGCCCAGACCGGAUGAGGAGUACGAGUUCCUCACCACCAUGGAGGAGGCGCCCAAAGGGAUGCUGGCCCGCGGCACCUACAACAUCAAAUCCAAGUUCACCGACGACGACAAACACGAUCACCUCUCCUGGGAGUGGAGCCUCACUAUCAAGAAAGACUGGAAAGACUGAUUUCCCCCUCGCCAUCCUCCAUCAUUAUCUCUCUCUGCUUUGUCCCUCUUUUUUUCUUUUUCUUGCUGUCUUUUUUUUUUUUUUUUUUUUUUUUUUUUUGGAUCCGAUUCUGGAUUAUGUGUUGAUUUAAGCUUUUGCUCUCUCCGUCCAUCGACGCCCCUUCCCCACGCUCUUAUAGUUUCCUUUUAUAAUUCCCAUCACUUUACCAUUCCUCCCCAUCUUAACGCUUCAUUUGUUUGCACCCGCCCUUUCUGUUAAGUAUUAAAUCAUUAGAAGUGGAGAAAGCAAACAAUGUGCACAAUCCAGAUUUUGUGGUAAGAAUUUGUUUAUAAAGUAAAAAAACAAGAAAAUAUAUAUUAAAAAAAAACAACAACAACAAAAAAAAACAUCACUGCUCUUGGAAAAGUGAUGAAAUAUGUGAUUCCCUCUGCUCUUUAGCGCUUUCUUUUCUCACCUCUUUUCACUCUUCUUUAUUAUUCAUCGAUUGUUUUGUACGACUACCAUGAUCUGCCUUGGAAAGGGUUGUAUAGGAAGCAGUAGUGCUGUAUGUACGGGGGCCACUGUACGGUCAUUGAGCAAUCUUUGCUGGACACAACUCUCAGACACAGCCCUCCUAAAGCCUUUGAGCAGAUUAUUUGUACCAGGGUCUUGGUAAAUUAUUUGGAAUUUAGGCCAGAUCUUUUUUUUUUUCAAAUCGUUUAUCGCCCUACAGAGUCUGCUGAGAGAACCGAGGGUUAAACAAAAUUACCUCUGACCCCUUGUGACCCCUUGCUCUAGGUGCAGCUGUUCCUCUCCUGAUCAGGGUAUUUUGGCAGUUUUUUUUGUUUUUUUUUAGCAGCCAUGUGGCCUUAACAAAAAACCUUAUAGUUGGAGGAAGAAAUAGACAAACCUAGUUGAGCCAUUUGCCUUCAUAUUAUAUUUGCCAGACCAUCAUGUGAGCCUGUUUUUAACUACUUGUAACACAUCAAUAGAGAAUCAGGAAUAAGGACUUAAAACACCUUUUAUUUCAGGUUGAUGAUUUGUAAAAGCACUUGUCUGAUGAUGUUAAAUUCACUUUUUUUUUCUUUUUUUUUUUAGAUCAUUCACAACAACACUUAGGGUUUUGUAUCAUCUGAUGUUACCAUAGUUCCUUCCUGAAUUGAAAUCAAGGGCUGUUAAAACCGCUCACCUCGUAUUACUCAAGUUUAGGAUUACCGUUGCUGACUGUGCCUCCGGUCUCUUACAACUACAUGCUGCUCCCGCUGACUCGGCAGCGCUCUGCGCUCGCCGUCAGCGAGGUGAAAAUGUUGUCUGUAAUUGACUUCUGAACCAGUGUAGAGACAUCAGUCCCCAACCAGACACCGACGGUUAACACAUCCUGCCAUAUUUUUUUUGUACACUCCAUAAAAUGUGAAUGAAGCCUCCAGAGCUUCAUUCAGCUCGCACAUGUCAUGGACUGAUGUUUCCUCUAUAGGUUGGGUUUGACUCAAUGUGUGCUACUUGUAUUACCCUCAGUUUACUGAUCUCCUGUGUUCACAUUAAAGUGUUCAGACUGGG